UUAUUUAUAACUAGUUUAAGAGGGUAUUUAUUGUGUGGCUGAUCAGAGUGGUCUCAGAGUUCCUCUGCCAGAACAUCUCAUACCACAGCGCAACAAUGUCACCCAAGAAAGCAAAGAAGAGGUCCGAGGGGGCCAACUCUAAUGUGUUCUCCAUGUUUGAGCAAACACAGAUCCAGGAAUUUAAAGAGGCUUUUACUAUUAUGGACCAGAACCGAGAUGGAUUCCUUGACAAAGAAGAUCUGAGAGAUACUUUUGCUGCAUUAGGUCGACUGAAUGUGAAAAAUGAAGAACUGGAUGAGAUGCUAAAAGAAGCUCCAGGACCAAUCAACUUUACAGUGUUUCUGACCAUGUUUGGAGAGAAGUUAAAGGGAGCUGAUCCAGAAGAAACAAUUUUAAAUGCGUUCAAAGUAUUUGACCCCGAGGGUACUGGACUUCUUAAAUCAGAAUACAUUCGAGAAAUGCUCAUGACUCAGGCAGAAAGAUUUACAAGCGAAGAGGUGGAUCAGAUGUUCACAGCUUUCCCCCCUGACGUGACUGGAAAUUUAAACUACAAAAACCUUGUGCAUAUUAUCACUCACGGUGAAGAGAAGGAGGAAUAACAUUGUUGCGUAAUGGUCUUGCUCUUCUUUUACCAACCCCAUGGCCCUUUCAAGAGUUUUGUUUCCCAUCUACUGUAUGUCUUCUUGCUGCAUUCACUCUACACUUUGCCCUCCACAAUCUCUUAUGUUUACUGUGAUCAUCUGUAAAAUAAUAAAUAUUAUAUAUUGUUGGCGAUAACAUUUUACAAUAAAAAAUUCUUUAGCAACAA